GUUCGACACUUUUAUUAGAUCAGUGCGUGAGUGUGUGUGCGUGUGCCGCUAUUAAAUAAUAAUGUCCAACGAGUAAUAUAAUCGCGCGGAGACAAUGUUCAUGUUCGACGCCGGAUAGCAGAGUAGCGUUGAAUCGAGACAACAGAAGCAGAUAAAAAAAGGAGUUUCGUUCGAGAAAUUUCAAUUACGAAAUCGACGCGCAAAUAAUCGCGCGCUAACACGUGCGAAGAUCGACAGAUACGCGUACUGUUUUGUUACGCAUAGGCACGUAUUUAUUAUUUGUGCAAGUUUGUGUGAUUUUUUUUUGUGCUGCCGAAGGAGAAAAUUAAGAGAGCCGUUCGAGUAGACUAGACGCUCCGAAAGCUGUCAGAAUGAAAUCCGCAGAAGAGGCUUUGGCAUCAACGUCGUCGUCAUCUGUGGCGGCAUCGUCGUCUUCUUCUUCUUCUUCUUUUCACCGGACGACGAGAUCGUCAACCCUCUGAAGCCCAGCGCGUAAUACAUGCGGACGACCUCUUCUCUUCGUUAUUACGUAUACAUGAGGCAGCAGCAGCAGCAGCUUCCACCCACAGAGUCUACUACUGCUACCUGCCACCGACGACCGUAGAGUCGAGCAUAAGUAUAUAGCGAGAGGAGGAAGGAGGGUCGUGCUCUGCUUUUGCACGUCAGAAAACUUUUGAUACGCUUCUCUCUCUCUCUCUGGCUGCGGUGCGGAAAAUGUCGCACUGUGUCGUCGUUGCGACGACGACGACGACUACGACGACGAGAGGCUAAAAGCGCGACUAUGGCCAAGUACCUCGGCGUCUAUACAUAUAACGACGAGUCUCGAGUGUUUUGAGCCCCGUCUUGGUUUUUAUGAUAAUAUGUACGAGCGAAAAAGUUGUUAUUUUUUUGCCAUAAGGAUAACGACAAAGAAGUCGUGAUAGAUAAACGAACGAUAUAGCGAAUUUAGAUAUAGACAGGAGGGGACGACUUUUCUUCGUUGCAAAACAGCAGACGCCUCCAAGUUCAAGGCUCUCUCGAUCGCAAUAAAGACGAAGCAGAAGACGAAGAAGAAGAAGACGAAGACUCGGGUGGAGAAGAAGCGGCAGCCGAGGUGGUGCAUAGAAACGUCGAGAACGAGAGAAUUGCAAUACACGUAGAGUGGGGCUAGCUGCAGCGGCGUAAAAGGGUUACAAAAUGGAUACUACCUGUUGGAUACUAGUCGGUGCGCUUGGGGCCCUCGUGCUUCUCUACGCCCUGUUCGAGGUGCACUACUUCCUGCGCAUGCUGAUCACCGUCUUCUUGGCGAGGUUCUGCCGGAAGCGGGUACACAUACUGGACGAGACGUCGGUCUACGGCCUGUGCACGACGACUGACAUCGACUGGCUGCUGAAUCACAUGAACAACGCGCGCUACUUGCGCGAGCUCGACUUCGCCCGAGCCGACUUUUACGAGCGCACCAAUCUCUACCGGGAGAUCUGCGCCCAGGGCACGGGGGUCGUGCAGGGCGCCGCCACGAUACGUUACAGGCGCUUCUUGCGGCCGUUCACGAUCUACAGGAUCGCCUCCAGGAUAACUUACUGGGACGAAAAGUCCAUCUUCAUGGAGCAUCGCUUCAUCACGCUGUCGGACAAUUUCGUGCGGGCGAUAGCAACGUGCCGCCAGCGGGUGCUGGACUGCAGCGCCGAGGCCGUCAUGGGCGCGCUCAUCGAUCGUGGCGUCAAGCACAACGGCAGCGCCAACAACAACCUGGAAGCUGGUCACACGCAGAUACCGCACGUGAGGCCGGAGGUACCUCCCGACGUGGCUCGCUGGAUCGAGAGCAACGAGAUCUCGUCGGCGAAUCUGCGUGCGGCCAGUCGUUCCGCCGCCGCGGCAGCUAAUCACAUUCCUCCGCCGCCGCCGCCUCCACCCUCGGCUCACAGCAUAUCGACGCGUUGCUGACAAAUGCAGUUGCUCGAACAGCAGCAGCAGCGGAGGCAGCAGCAACAGCAUCAACAGCAGCAACGAAAACAGCAACAACAGGUGAUCUACGUGACGACUGUUGUUUAGGACUAUUUAAAAGAAAAAAGGACUGCGCCGGUGCCAUGUGCUGUGCCGUGCUGUCUGUCUGUCUGUCUGUUUGCGUAUGCUCGAUAUAUGCAUAAUUCAAUUCUUCCUAUUUUAUGUACGAUUUUUAAUGACGGCAAAGUCGAAGUUUCUAGUCUACGUUUUUAUUCUAUUAUAAACGCGAACAAAUAAUUAGCGGCGACAAUUACGACGCCGGUCUAUAUGUAACGCGAGGCAAAAAAAAACAAAACAAAACAAACAAAACAAAACAAGGAAUCAUAUUGAUUCGUCGGGAUUACGAGCCAUUGUACGUAUCGUGGUUCAUAUGUACUCUGGCUCCAUAAGAAUGUGCUGUGUGGAGGGUGCACUGGAUCGGGGUUGAUUAUCCAGAUUUUUUUCUCUCUCCAAAAUUACGCGCUUUACGCGUAAAUUAUUUUUAAGAAUCGCGCACGAAGUACAACGAGAGUUGUGCUGGUUGCUGCGCCGAUGGAAGAAGAGUUUACACGAUGUGUAAUUAUAAAAUUUUAAUUAUAUUUAGAAAAAAUUCAAAAUUUUCAUAAUUAUACUUUUUUAUCGUUUCUCUCUCUCCGUCUAUCUUUCAUUACUGUUACAUUUCUGUAUAUUUUAAGGACUCUACCUUCAAGAAAAUCUCAUUAUAAGAAAAAAAAAGAAUUUGUGACGUGAUGUUUUUUCUGUGUUACAAUGUGUAGGUUUUAAGCGACGCUGUCUGAAUGAAUGGCAAAUUCUCAUUAUAAUUGUAAAAAAAGACGUAUUUUAAUCUGAAGGUACUAAAAUAAUUCGAGUAUUACAUUGUAUACAUUCCAAAUAUCAUUGCUUUGAAACAAGGUUCGGAAGAAGCUUGUGUACCAAGACAUAAUGUUUAAUUAUUUAAAUUUAAGAUGUAAUAAACUACUGCAUUCGAAAAUUUUACCGAUUUUCGGGAAUGAUGCACAAUAAGACUAUUUCUUAGUGUGUGAUGCAUGCCAUGUGUGCGUGCGCCGACGAUUAUCUGAAAAUCGAUGCUUUUCGUAUUUAAACGAUCCUUACUAUUUGAUACUGUUUUGAGAUAAAUCGAUUGAGAGAUACUUUUUCGAAAAAAGGGGGCUACAAUUUUGAAUCGUUGAAAAAUAUACUGGUAUGUUUUUUACGCCUGAUUGUACAUCGCAUUUUCCAGAGAAACAAAAAACUUUUUAAUAAUCGUGACCGACAGUGAGACAUUUUUCCAACGCUAUAUCUGGAAUAUAGUCUUAUUAUAAAAAUAAUACAAACGAAUUGUAAAUAAUGAUCGAUGAUAAUCCACACUUUGCCUUCAACCAGUUGUAUGAAGUAUUUGAAUAUAUAUCCUAAGAUAUAAGUUUUCUAACACAAUUUUCUGAAAGUAAAGACAAAAAAAUUGUAAGAAUGCUUUCAGCUAGGGCAUAAGUAAAAGAUAAGUGUUGAAAAAUGUUAAAAAAUUAUAUCGAACUAUUAUUCUAAUCUAUCAUUUGAAAAAAAUAUGCCUAAAUAUUUUACUAAAACGAAGUUUGAAAAAAAGAACAAAAAAAUACUAUUCUUCCACUAUUCACUAUUUGCGUUUUCUCGAUAAUUUUUGUAUGAUUUGCUCUGUACUUAAGGAAUACGUGCAUUUAAAUUUGUAAUAUUUAGAUCUCUUUGUAUUUACAUUUUUAUACGUAAAAUUGGAUAUUUUCCCUAGUUUACGUAAUUUCUAUAGAUAUGUAGGUAAUAGUCAUUCUUAAUAACGAAAAAUCAAACAUGAAUUAUAUGAUAUUGCUCGUAUUCGAUGUUAGCAACGAAAAUUAGCAAGCUUGUCUUCGUUGGCGUUGCCCUGAGUGAAAACAAAAAAAUAUAUGUUAAAUUGCGUCUGCAAAUUGUUUAGUGAAAUAGUCGAAUAAAAUAAUAUUGGAAUAAGUUUUGAUUUGUACGGGUGCAAUGCAAGCGCUUGUCAAUGAUUUGGAAGCAAUUUUUUCCCGCAACAAAUCGUAUGAGCAGUUUCAGCCAAAGACUUAACAAAAAUCACGACUUUGCGUUGUGUAAAUAAUAGUAAAAUGUCAUCUCGUCGAGAUGUAAGCUUCGCGUACACACAUGUUAUUUUAUUGUAAUAUAAUGGAAGUACGACAUUUGCAAAAAAAAGAGAGGAAGCAAGUUUACUUUUGUUCGUAAUUCAUUUCAAAGUUUUCUGUUAUAUCAUCACAAGAACAAGUCAAUAGAUGUUACAGUGCUACGAAAAAAAAAGUAAAAAAAAA